CUGGACUUCAAUUUAGGGUUUUCUUUCCCCGCUAGAAAGAUUUUGGCGUACCAAUCUCCUUUCCCUGUUCUACGAUUAUAGCUCUUUUAUUUUUGUUCGUUUAUUUUCCAAUUGAGGGUUUCAAUUUCUGAGUUUCUGUUUUCACUUCUCGAUUUGUGACAGAGACAAACUCUUGAAGCUUCGAAUUCAAUUCGCUUUACGCUCGUCGUAAUGGCAACUCUGGCUGAUUCUUUUCUUCAAGACCUUGACGAACUAUCUGACAACGAAGAAGAUUUUCAUAAUGAAGAUGGUGGUGAUGUUGCAAACAUGGAGGAAGAUGUUGAUGGGGACUUGGAAGACUUGGAGACUCUUAAUUAUGAUGAUCUGGAUAGUGUUUCAAAGUUGCAAAAAACACAGAGAUUUGUCGAUAUAAUGCAGAAAGUGGAAGAUGCACUGCAAAAGGGUUCUGAUGAAUCGAAUCAGGGAACGAAUUUGGAAGAUGAUCCGGAAUACCAGCUGUUAGUGGAAUGUAAUUCCUUGUCUGUUGACAUUGAGAAUGAGAUUAUCAUUAUUCACAAUUUUAUACGUGAUAAGUAUCGGCCAAAAUUUCCAGAGCUUGAAUCACUUGUACAUCAUCCAAUUGACUACGCUCGAGUUGUCAAGAAGAUUGGGAAUGAAAUGGAUCUUACCCUUGUUGAUCUAGAGGGGCUUGUGCCCUCUGCAGUUAUAAUGGUGGUGUCGGUUACAGCAUCUACUACAAGUGGUAAGCCGCUUCCGGAUGAUGUACUUCAGAAGACAAUUGAUGCUUGUGAUCAAGCCCUUUCUCUUGAUUCGGCGAAGAAAAAGGUUCUCGAUUUUGUAGAAAGCAGAAUGGGAUAUAUUGCUCCAAAUCUUUCUGCUAUUGUUGGGAGCGCCGUCGCAGCAAAACUUAUGGGGACUGCUGGUGGUAUUGGGGCAUUGUCAAAGAUGCCUGCUUGUAACGUUCAGCUUCUUGGUGCCAAGAGAAAAAAUCUUGCUGGGUUUUCUACUGCAACAACGCAAUUUCGGGUAGGAUAUAUUGAGCAGGCAGAAAUAUUUCAAAGUACACCCCCUCCUCUGAGAAUGCGUGCUUGCCGACUUUUAGCUGCAAAAGCGACGCUUGCAGCACGCAUAGAUUUGGCAAGAAGCGACCCAUCCGGGAGCAAAGGAAGGGGGCUACGGGAAGAAGCCCUCAAGAAAAUUGAGAAAUGGCAAGAGCCUCCUCCUGCAAAGCAACCUAGACCACUUCCAGUCCCGGAUUCGGAACCUAAGAAGAAAAGAGGCGGUCGUCGACUUAGGAAGAUGAAAGAAAGGUAUGCAAUAACAGACAUGCGGAAGCUGGCUAAUAGGAUGCAGUUUGGCGUGCCAGAAGAGAGUUCUUUAGGGGACGGACUGGGAGAAGGUUAUGGAAUGCUUGGUCAGGCUGGUAGUGGGAAGCUGCGCGUAUCAAUUGGACAGAGCAAACUUGCUGCAAAAGUUGCUAAGAAGUUCAAGGAAAAGAGUUACGGUAGUAGCGGUGCUACGUCUGGAUUAACUUCAAGUUUAGCGUUUACACCUGUGCAGGGGAUUGAGCUCUCGAAUCCACAGGCUCAUGCACACCAGCUUGGCAGUGGUACUCAAAGCACCUAUUUUUCAGAAACAGGAACAUUCUCGAAGAUCAAGAGGACGUAAACCAUAUGGGAUAAACUGACUAUAUUGCCUAUGUUGGUCAGUUCUCAAAUCCGUAUACCGAAAGUCAUGGUUGACCUAGUUGGUUGUGAUUAUAUUAUAUACAGUGUUAAUCAUGGUGGAUAGUAUGGUUAUGAUAUUCGACUAGUUUUGUUGAUACCUAAUAAUGGUUUCAUAAUU